AUGGGUAUCAUAAACACAGAGGAAUCAUACUUCGAAGCGGAAUUGAGGGUGUUAACGUGUUGGGAAGAUAAACGAUUGGAAAGACUCAAACUGAAAGACCUCAUCGAUAUGGAGAACUUCUGGGUGCCUGAGUUGAAAAUUCAAAACGCAGUGGACAAAGUCGAGAGGUUGAGUGGUAAACUCAAGGAAGACACCCAGAGGAAGGCUUUCGUCAUCAAAGAAGUUACCCUGUGGGGAAGGUUCAUUUUCUCUACUGAAAGCUUCUAUUAUCCUCUCGAUAUUCAGCACGUUGGUGUGAUAAGGAAGGUGCCUGGCGUUGCCGUUGCACUGACUGGGUUUGAAUGCAAAGGGAUUCCCUGCUAUCACAUCAAUCGACUCACAAAGGUCCUCAUCAUAAACAGUGUGAGCAUGUUACACUUUGUGAAGAACGAAUACCAAUGCCAGUCGAUCGACUUCUCCAUAUUCGACCUGGUGGACAGUGCCACAACUAGCGACAUUGACUACUACCGGAAGAACUUCUCCGUACUGAAGAUUACAUUCUAUGCCGAGAGGAAGUUAACCAUUGAUACCAUUAAGUGGCUAGUUCUACCCGGUCUACUAAAUUUACUGGCAAUAUUGAACCUCUUUGUUGACAACGUUCUCUUGUCUGAUAAGAUCCUUGUGCUCAUCUUCAUUUUGAUGGAGACAGCCUUCUUCCGCAGGUUCAUAAAGUUGACCGUCUUCUCAUUAAGCGUGGCCGAGAUGUACUGGUGGACUGUCAAUUUGAUUGUAAUCUGUACUCUGCUUUGGACAGUCACAGAGUUAUACUUUGAAAUCUCCUAUGUCAAAUACGCCUUUUCAUUUUUAUACUUUGGUCUCUUAAUAAUCUUAGGCGGAUUAUUCUUCUACAAGGCCAAGUUGAGAAAGUCAUCGCUGGCUGCUAACAGCACAGUUUACAAGGACGCCUUGAAAGACUUCCAGCGAGAUGAAAGUACAGCAACGUCCGACACGUUAUCUCUUCAGUCGGAUCAAAAUGUGAAGUCCAGAGGCCAGUCCUUCGAUCUGAGAGAAGAUUCCAAGUCCUUAGACUACUAA